GGUUCACCGAGCUAGUUUCUUCUUUGCUUACUCCCUCAUUCCAUUCCUUCAAUGCUGAAAGCUUCUAUCCUAAGUCUUGCCACCAUCGUAAGCGCCGUCUUGGCUGGCUCUGUAAAAAUCACCUCGCCUAAACCCGGUAACGUUUGGGAAAUCGGUAAAGAGGUCGACAUCUACUGGAACAAAACCGCUUCUGGAAGCGAACCUGUAUCUAUUUUGCUGGCAUCUGGACCUGCACAAGCUCUUAACAUCGAUUUGAUCGUUGCUAACAAGAUACCUGUUACUGAAGGCCACUAUAAGUGGACUGUACCUAGCAACGUCAAGCCUGGCAAGAAGUAUGUCGUUGAAGUCGGCCCCACUUUGAAGGACCUUUCGUUUGCCGGUUAUAUUACUAUUGAGGAGGCCAAAAACUCGACGUCGACCGCUCAUAAGCAUGCUUCCGCAUCGCACAAACCAUCACAUCAUGCUUCCUCCAAGACUGCAAGCCCUACAGAACACCAUAGUCUUGCCCCUCCCCACCCAAGCGGUGCCGCAGACGUUGCAAAGGCUGCCAAGCACCACUCCCAACAUGCUCACAAGAAGCAUGGUAAGAAGUCAAAGUUUCACCAUAAGUCUUCUGGCCAUAAGACCGUCUCCAAAGCCACUACCCAUAAGGAAAAGCAUGCCACACCCACUCAUUUACCCUCAGCUAUCUAAGACUGUGCAUCUUGAAAUACCCGGUGUAUUUGUAAAAGAUUAGUGGCACAUAAUUUGAUAUUAAAGAUUGUUCCAAACGUGAAUAGAUAUUUAAUUGUUUAAGCAUGUUUGUUUUAAUAUUUUUAAACGUCAAUGUAUUCAAUGCUAGCAC